CUGAACAUCAGAUUCUCCAGAGAACACUACAGAGAGGUUAUCUGCCUUAAACUACAAACAUUCAGCCACAAAGCUCCCCACUCCAACUGAGCAAACCUGAAGACAGAAAACUCAGAUGAAGAGAAAAGAGAGAAAAACAAAACAGAUUUACCCAGCUCGUCUGAAAAAAAAUUCUGCACAGAGACAGGUCCAGCUCUCCUACUUUUUCCACAGACUCAAUGACCACCGAGAUCAACAACACCCCAGUCUCAGGGUUCAUCGAUCAUACUGCGGUGGAUGAUGAUGAACUCAUGCAGUGUGAUGACGUCUUAGAUGAAGAAGAGCUCACCUGCCUUUCUAUCCACACAGACAUAAGCUCGCAAGGCGUAUCAUUGCUUCCCGGCUACUGGUCUUGCCACAAUGAUUCGGAUAUCUCAGAGGUCAUCACUUCAUUUGAUCAGGAUAUCAAUGAGGUGAUUAAAUCAGUAUGCCAAAGCCUUUUUGAUCCUGAGAACAUGGGGAUAGAAGCAGUUGACUUUAAUGUGAAAGUCCAGACCACAGCGGGAACCUCAAGACUGGCUAUCAGAUCAGAGAAGAGUGCAGGACCUGCCUCUUGUGAUUCUUCUUCCUCCACCGAAACAGCCAUCACUGAGGCAGCAAAAAUGCUCGUCUCUCUGGUGGUUGACAAGGUUGAAAAGGCCCUGGAUGACACUGGUUCUGAAAAGCCACUUCAGGGGGAGAGGUCCGAGUGGAAGAGGUUGAAGAAAAAGGUUCAUCCAGCUUAUCCAGCUCAGGAUGAUGCGGGCUGGUCUGCCACCACUGAGUUGACAUUUGUUACCACUGAAGAGAGCAAACAGGGCUUCCGUGGUUCUCAAGGGACAGCCAACACCUCGUUCAGUGCUGCUGUAAGAGCAGACAUGAAGUCCACUCAGCAAGAGUUGGAGGACUGCACGGCGGAUGAGGACCAAGCUGGUGUUGAGAACACCAAAGAAAAGAAAAGCAAUUGCUUUUCGAGCUUCUUCAACAACAUCUUCUCAAAGAAAAAUGAGAAGAAGAUGAAGGUCGCUUCAGAAGAGAAUCAUUUCCAGUGGCCUUCUUUUUGGAUGCACGUGGUGCUUGUGUAAAUAAGAACGAUAAAAAAAUACAUCAAUAUGAUGUGUGUUUGCCUAAAGAAUACUUCAAUAUCGAUGCUUCUACCUGUUUGGUGGACACUUGCAUUAUGGUUUAGAACCUUCUCUGUUACUGACCAGACCAGCACAAUACACACUGCCUUUAGCAUGUCAGUUGAUGCACACACACCCACACAUGAGGAGCAUCGUACAGACAGUCAUUAGAGAUGGGAACAGAAAGAGGUUCACACAGCAUCUGAGUUUAAAGCUAUGUUCAGACAGAAAGCAAAGCAAGUCGCCUAUAUCUGCAUUUAUUUUCCCCAAACAACCAAUAUACUGAGCCAACACUACAGAGCGUUUGCAUGUGUUUAUGAAGUGAAUCCAUAAAGCCCUGUGAUGCAAGCGUUUCGCUCAAGUUGAAAAAGAUUCUACUUGCACAUAUGGUUCUUUUUAUUUUCAAUUCAUGCCAGCCUGAAUUUCCAUCAAAUUGCAUCUUUCUAUUGACUUUGUAUACAAUCAUGCUGCAUCUUACAAUUCGCUUUGCGUUCUGCCUGAACACACAGUAAAUGUGCUUUUCUGCCUUCUGGAGGGUCAGCUUGUAGUUUCUUUUUUCAUGAUGAUUAGAGCUGAAGUCAUAUUGACAGCCAGUGAAUAUAUGUAUGUGUCUGUGUGUGCCAACCCACGUACAUUCAUAUGCAAUUAACAUGCGUUAGAAUAUACCUUAUUAUUUCCUGGGUUAUGUUUUUUUUUUUUUAACAUAAAGAGGAAACAUUUAUAUUGAGUGUGAAGUAUAUCUUCAAAUCAGAGAAAAAAUGUCAUCCUGAUCCAUCCCAACAUGUUUCAAUUUUUUCAAUAUCCUGCCAACUAAAUCAUGAUUAAGAAUUAUACAUAUUUAAACUUUAUAAUUAAACUCGAGGCAUGUGGUAACGUUGGGGAGAGAUUGUGUUUUUUUAAUUAAAAUAUUAGAAAAGUUGAAGAUGACUUGCACCAGAAGACUGGAUGCAUCUACUUUUUAAAUAUUAAACCAAAAUCACGUUUUCCCUAACUUUACAAAGUGUCUUAGCUGCUGUAACCCAACAACAUAUAGGAAACAAGACACAAACCCUGGUCUUAAGUCUUAAAGUCUUGUUCUUUAUAUGCCAACUACUCAGUGUAACCUCUGCAGUAUGACUUCAAAGUUGAAUAGACGAUUAUGUUUCCCCCAGAACGUGUUUAGAACGUCAAAUUAGCAAUAUUUAAAGAUAUUUUACAGUAGGAUUAGUGUUAUGACAUAAGCGGCUGUUUAAAGCUCAGGUCAAAGAUUGUGUGUGUGUAUAAUUUAGUGGAGGUUGGGGGGUGGAGAAUAAAUACAGUAAAGGGACAAAAGGGCUGUUUCCUACAUUUUAGCAGUAUAGGGUUUUUAUUACACCUACACACACACACGCACACACACACACACACACACACACACACACAC